AUGGACAAAAGUUGCAGUCUUCUCUUUGCUCUUGCAGUUUUCAUUUUGCUUCAUCACCAUACUUCACUGGCUAAGUUUCCCAAUAUCAGCACUGAUGAAGCUGCUCUUCUUGCCUUGAAAUCUCACAUUUCUUCUUCUGAUCCUAACAACAUCUUAGCAACUAACCGGUCUUCUUCCAGCCCAGUAUGCAGCUGGAUUGGAAUCACUUGCAGCUCUCGCCACCAUAGAGUCGCAGCUUUGGAUAUUUCUAGCAUGCAACUUUAUGGUACUAUUCCUCCACACCUUGGAAACCUCUCAUUUCUCGCUUCCCUCAUCAUCAGCAACAACAAAUUCCAUGGGGAGUUUCCAGAAGAAUUGGCUCAUUUGCAGAGGUUGAAAAUGUUUCGUUGCUCAAGAAAUAACUUCAUUGCUGCUAUUCCAUCAAUUUUUAAGUUUGUUGCCAAACCUUCGCUUUGUUUACCUAUUCGAAAACCAGUUUUUCGGAGGAAUCCCAUCUUCCCUUUCCAAUCUAACACAGCUGAAAGAGUUGAGUAUGUCUAG